UUCUACAUCUGAUCGACACACUUUCUCCAUUUGUUUUGACAGUAAUUCAUCAUUCGAGUCAUUGAAAAAAAUCGAGAAAAAACAAAUCAAUGACGCCCGCCCCAUCCUCGUGAUUUCAACAAUUGAAACCUCACGAUUUCCACGUGAUUUAGUUACAAAUGGUGUCAUAAAACAAUCAAUGGCAAACAAUAAUCCAGCCAAUACCGAGGAGAGGGAAAAAGUUUGUACAAUGGAGGAGAGAACAGAGUAUUUUACUAAAUUAGAAAAAUGGUUGCAAGAGGCCUAUGCAUGGCAGACUGUGGCUGCUAUGUUUCCAUAUUAUUUGAUGUCUGGACAAAUUCUCCAACCGAAUGGAUCAAACUUCAUACCUCAAUUAUCGACAAAUACUGGAGUCCCAGGAUUUCCAAGUGGAUCAUCAACACCAAACGAUUCCACAAGACUACGAGACAGGAGAGACUCGAGACCUGGUCCCAUAUUAACACCGGAAGGAAUUGAAUACCGGAUUCCACCAAUUUGGAAGCGUUUUGUAGCUGAACUCAUUGAUUCAGUUAUGUUGUUUUUGCUCAAGCUCAUGAUAACUUUCGUUGCACUGGAUAUUUUCGCUGCAAUGAAUAUGGAGCCUUACAAAUUGGAUUUACUCCAAACAAGUCUCAGAAUAGUUGAUUACAAAAUGGCAAUGGAAGUUGCAUCGAGGAUAUUAGUCUGGGAAUUAAUGCAUCGCUUCAUUGUUUGUAUAUUCGAGGCCCUGUGGCUUCAGCAUGGGAUGCACGGUAGAAUAGGGGGUGCAACCCCUGGAAAAUCUGUGAUGGGUCUGCGAGUGGUGCAGUGUCGAAAUAUAACACCAGUUAAUCGUCCAGGGGAUCCAGACGCCGUGAUAGUGUCACCGGGCACUGACCUCGGUUUGCCUCUUGCCCUGGGCAGAUCGAUAGUUAAAAAUUUAAUAAUGACAUUUCUAUUCCCAAUCUGCUUCUCCCUAUUUUCCUUCAGGUUCAAUCGUACUGGCUACGAUCUCGCCUGCUCAUCAAUCGUCGUGGAGGAUCCCUACAGACAAAACAAUCGCCCCUACCACCGCUGAAAAUACUCCACCGAAAUAAACAGUGGAGUGAGAACAUGAGUUGCUCUUCUAUUUCCACUCGUUUAAAUUAUUUACGAGAUUGAAGUUAUUAAUCGAGUGAUCCACUGGAUGGAUUACCAAGUGAAAUAGGACGGAUCAAUCUUCCAUGACCAGAUAUCCAUUUCUAAAGUUAAAAAUAUUCUGCAGAUGUACGUGAUAAUAUCUGACAGAUGAAGAUACCAGCAGAUAUCGUCCUGGAGUUCAAUACAACACACCAAUUUCUUUUCCCUCUCGAUCAAUCCCCAGAGCCACAUAAUAUUCUCACUCCAUCUGCACAACUCUGAUUAGAGUCUAAAUAAAAUUUUCUAAUGUAACAUAAGAGAAAUCCUUUAAAUGUGUACAAAACUAUGGUGAUACUGUAUAUAAGAGAGAAAUAUACGCAGAAUCCUUCGA